AUGAUUACUGAGCUCGCGAAGAGGCUGGACACAUGGCAGCAGGAGGAUUCGGUGCGGAAGAGGGGUGUAUUUUCUGUCCUCUAUUCGGAUAUCGGCAAAUCUUUUUAUACGGAACGUGGCUGGAAAGCCUUCCCUUCGUCGCACAUCAGUCUCCCACCCGUCUCCAAAGAUAAAGGAAAGCAGAGUGUUUCUGGAGCCGAUUUAGGCAUGGCGGGGGGAAUGCAGGCCGACGACGUCAGACGGUUCAUGUGCUCUAAUGCAGCACUUGAGAAAUACCAACAAAUAUUACGGGAGGCGUCCCACAAUUCAAAAAGGGCCAAGGUUGCAUUUAUGCCUGAUUAUGCAGCUUUGAGCUGGCAUUGGGCUCGAGAGGAGUUCUACUCGAAGAUUCUGUUUCCCGGCAAGGGCGAGCCUAAAGUGAAGGGCGCCUGCGUUGAAAGCCGUAAGGUUUUCAUUUGUUGGAAUCGGAACUUUGGAAACACUGAGAAGGACAACGUGUUGUUCAUACUGCGAACGUUGUACGAGGAACCAAGGUCGCCAGCCGAAGAGAAAGCGGUAGUUGAAGCACUGGCUGCAACUCUCUAUUGCGCCCAGUUGGAGGCACAUGAGUGGGGCAGGAGCCGUGUUGAUAUUUGGAAUCCGACUCCCGUCGUCGAAAAAGCUGUUAAAAUGCUGAGUCCGACGGCGCAAGUAGAGCAUAGGGAACAAACCAGCAUAUGCAGCCUGAAAUGGAAUGGCAAGCAGCUUGGGCUAGGCGAGGACGUUGACUGGUAUUGGAACGAGAAGUACGCCUGGUGUUGA